AUGACUUGGUUCCUGUGUCGUUUCCUGUGUCGUUUCCUGUGUCGUUUCGUUACCUGUUCCCAGAGUCGCUCCACGACUCGCUCCACGACUCAAAUUUAUCAAUUUUUACCGAACCUUGAAAUGAUGUCCACUCCAGGAACUAAUACAACUCAACCACCACAACAUCAACACCCGAGUCGUACCUGGAUCAACAUGGACUCAGAUCAUGAUAAGAUUGUGAAUGAUUUCUGCAGUAUUCUAGAUGAAUUGACGGCCAACUCCAGGCCGAUUAUAACCACUCUCACGAAAAUGGCAGAAGAAAACAUCUCGUGUGCCCAACCAUUCGUAGAAGCAAUAGAAAAGCGAAUAGAAAGAUGUGUGCCAAACCAGAAGCUUUACGCUUUUUACGUUUUGGAUUCGAUUUGCAAGAAUGCCGGUAGCCCAUAUACUAUCUAUUUUAGCCGAAAUUUGACAAAACUGUACAAGCGAACGUAUCUAAUCGUCGAUAAUCAAACAAGGACAGAUCUUAUCAAGAUGUUCAAGACUUGGAUGGCACCAAACAUGAACGCUAUGGGAGAUCCACUUUUCGACAAAGAAUCGCUAGAUGGGAUUGAACAAUUUUUGGUCAAAGCCAGUGCACUUCAUCAACGGCAUGCGCAAGCUACCACACCUGCUCCAACGGUGCCGUCUCUGUUAAGAGAAAUUGAUCGACUUGCCCUUCUCACCAAGGGUCGACUCGCGCAAUAUCCAUCAGAUGAAAAGUUGAAUACCAAGAUAAUAGUUCUAGAACAACUCAAACAUGAACUUCAAAGAGAGCGAAUGCCCAUACAGGCUUUGCAGCAAGUACAAGUACAAUUGAAGAAAAUAUUUGCUCAAGAACAACAAACCUUACUGCAACAGCAGCAAGCUCAACAGAAACGAUCUUUGAGUACGCCGCCGCCGCAAGCAUUAGAACACACUCCUGUGCCUCGCGAAUCCGAACCCGUUUCGUUAUUUGGUUCUUCUACGCUCUCAUCCUCUUUCUUCCCUAAUGCCUCUGAUAUUUUCCCACCUUCCGAUACUUCCAUACCGAAGCAGGCUUCAGCCACGACAUCCAAGGUCCAAUCGUUAUACGACCUUUUGAAAAAGGAAGAUUUGAUAUAUGAACCACCUUUCGAAUCCGUUGUUACGUUGGAUCGGAAAAUUGGUAAGACCAACGAGCAAGAAAUUCAGUUAGAACUUCCCCCCUUGUCAUUACUCCAAGAUAUACUAGGCAAUGUGAAAUCAUAUUUCUCCACGUUAAACCUUGAUCUCAUCAACACUCCAAAUUUACAGCUCUGUCAACAAACUGUCAUGCAGAAAAACCCGGCUGUAAUCCAACUCACAAAUUUGUUGUAUAGGGCAAAACCAAAUAAGUGUAGCUCGUGCGGUCGACGGUUUGGGAACUCUAUUGAAGAAAAGAAACUGGAAAGCGAUCACCUUGAUUGGCAUUUUAGAAUUAAUAAAAGAAUUAAAGGCACUGUCGGUGCAUCUGGCGCGACAUCGAAAAACAUCCAAUCCAGAAAUUGGUAUUUGCAUGAUUCUCAAUGGGUUACCUUCAAGGACGAAGAAAUCGUAUCCACAACGCGAAGCGAAGACGCUGCCUCUACCUUCGCCAAUCUGAAUGCUCAGACAGUAUCAAAGAGUGUGGACUACAAAUCUGAAAAUAAACCUGAAUUAGAUGUCAAAAUCAUUGAGACCAAAUUGCGUGAGAAAUACGUCGUUGUUCCAGAAUCAACAGAGGAUAUGUCUUUUCAAUGCUCCAUUUGUAGAGAAACAACGAGCGCAAUAUACAAUGAAGAUCUGGGUGAAUGGAUCUGGCAAAAUUGUAUCGAAUCCGAGGGGAAGCUAUAUCAUGCUACGUGCUUCUGUGAAGCUGUAAAGGAUGUACCCCAGCAAUCAAUAAAUAAAGGAUUCGAGAAGCUUAAGGGCCUAUUGAACAAUUAA